GGCAGGUCCCGGCCCCUGAAGAAAUUCCACCGUCCGACUGCCGUCCCUCAAGUCGAGGCCGUCAGAUCCGGCUGAGCGGAGGGGCUGAAGUUGGGGGCUUCCGAAGUAAAGCGGCCGCCGCAGGCCCUCGCUCUUGCCAGGGAGACAGAGCGGCCCAGUCCUCAUCGCUCCGGGACCGAUCGGGCUGGGGGAAUCCAAGCCUGCGGAUGGCCCAGAAGGAGGAGGACGCCGCCUCCACCCCCUCGAGCUACUCGGAGGGCAUGGCCCCACCACCCUCUCCUCCCCGGACUCCCAGCCGGGCGCUCUACAUCCACCAGAUCCCCGCCUGGGUGCUGGAGGAUUUCUGCCAGAAGAUGGACAGUCUGAACGACUGGGACUGGAUGGAGUUUGCGUCUUAUGUGAUGACCGACCAGACCCAGCUAAGGAAAAUCAAAUCCAUGGAGAGAAUCCACGGGUUCAGCAUCACCAGGGAGCUUCUCUGGUGGUGGGGCAUGCGGCUGGCUACAGUGCAGCAGCUGUUGGACCUGCUGCACCGACUGGAGCUCUACAGGGCAGCACGAGUGAUUCUGGAUUGGAGAGUAAUUCCUGAAACUGCCAACGACCCUCAAACCUUCCCGAAUUCCACCAAACCUGGGAGACAGUCUUUAUCUCCUGCGAGAAAUGGAGAGAAAAGCUUGGGAAAUGAAAUUGAGCCCUGCUCAAAUCCUGCCUUCCCCAACUCAGAGUCAGUGCUAAAUGGAGCCUCCGAGAACUAUUGUCACCGGCUUCCCCCUGGAGAAGACCUCUUUCAUUCACUUAGGACAAAUCCUCCUCUUUCAUCAGACCUCAAGAGUGGUGCUCUUUCCAGACCUCAGCAAGAAACCCUCCUGGACCUCAAUAGUGUGAGUCUUUGUUGGAAUGAUGGACAAGUGUCAGAGGCUACCAACAACUUCAGUGAAGAGAAUAAAAUCUCUGAAGGAAAUUUUGCUGACAUUUACAAAGGUCAAAGAAACAAUGCAGUGUAUGUCUUCAAGAAGUUCAAAGAGACAGAAUGCACAAGUCAAAAAAUGAUACAGAGAUUUUUCCACACAGAAGUACUAAUUUGCUGUCGGUGCUGUCAUCCUAACAUCUUGCAGCUGCUAGGCUUCUGCAUAGGAAACAGGUUUCACAGUCUGAUACAUCCUUAUAUGCUCAAUGGCUCACUAGAAGAAAGACUCCAAUGUCAAGGUGGCACUAACCCAUUGACUUGGGAGCAGCGAAUCGGCAUCUGUCUGGGCCUGCUCCGAGCUAUAGAGUAUCUACACGGGCUCAAGAUUAUUCACGGGAAUGUCAAGAGCUCCAACGUUUUAUUGGAUGGAAACUUUACCCCCAAGCUAGGACACGCAGGGGCUCGGCUAUGUACUAUUGAUAAAAAAUCCGAAUACAUGUCAAUGAAAACUCAGAUCUUUCAGGUCACAAUGGCUUAUCUGCCAGAAGAUUUCAUUAGAGUUGGGCAGCUCACCGAGAGAGUUGACAUCUUUAGCUGUGGAAUAGUUUUAGCCGAGGCCCUGACUGGCAUCCAAGCAGUGGAUAAAGGAAAAACUCCAGUUUAUCUGAAAGAUUUGCUUCUCGGUGAAAUUCAAAAAGCCCACAAGAACACAGAAAAGCUGGUGGCAAAGGAAAUCUGUAAUAAAUACCUUGAGAAGAAAGUGGGGCUGCUUCCAGAGGACAGUGCUAUAGACUUUGCCACGGCCAUCUGCCUUUGUCUACAGAAAAAAAGUCCUGCCUUGUCCAAGGUGUGCCUAACCCUGGAAGCUGCGGAACGUCGGACCAGGGGUCAGGGCGGACCCAACAAGAGCGAGCAUUCCACGCUUGAGGGAUCUCUGGUUAACCUGCCAGAGGAAACAGAUGACGUAGAUAACCUAAGCACGGAGGAGUCCUCAUCUGAUGGCUACAACAGGGGCAGCUUCCAAGCAGGUGCCGCAUCCUUGUCAUCCAAAGGAGAUGCAUGUCCCGGGCCUUCACAUCUUCAAAAUGCUUCAGGAACUUCCUGGGAAAUUGAGAUCAAUGCUGCCAAAAAGAAGAUGAUGGAGGACAUUUUGCUGUAUAAAGAAGAAAAAUUAAACAGCUCUGAGCUAUUUGGGGCUUAUUAACCAGGA